AUACAAUCUUACCGAAGGUAAAGUUUGUGUACCGUAAUGACCAAUUCAAAAAGUUCAAGCGGCAAAUUGCUCAUCUUGCCUUUUUUUAUUUUUUCUCUUCAAAAAUCUGAAUUGACUGCAAUUCAAACUUGCAACUGCCGUUCAAAUCGAUUCCGAAUUCAUAACCGGCGGAAAUCGGUAGCCGGAGGAGGAAAAUUUGGAAGCUCAUCGACGGCGUCGUUGUGCAGCUGCCGGGAGAAGAACGGGUAGGAUCCGGAUUGCGCCGCUGUCGUUGCGGCGGCGGAGAAAUGGUCCGAUUUUGAGCCCGAGGAGGUGGAAUAAGGGUUACAGCUUGGAAGGUAGGCUUUCCCUUUUUAUGUAAAUGUUCGAUCUUUCAUUCAUUGCGAACUGUGUUACAAAGAAUGGAGGGAUCCAUUUUCGACUGAUUUCCUAACAGUAAGGUGGGUGUAACUGUAUCAAUAAAAACACUUUGAGUUCGAUUAGUUGCUCUCAUCAUAAAUAAGCAAUUCAAUGAAUGAUUUAUAAGGGUAUUGAAGAAAAGCUACAACACACUGCAACUUAGCAACAAGCAGGCAUCCAUAAUCAAGAAGACAAGAACAAAGUCCCUUUCAUUGUUAAACGUUUUCGCAGUGUGCUGGUAGUUGGGUUUGUGUUGCCCCAUUUGAAGGUUCCAAAAGGCCAUCACUUUCAUUCAUACUCAUGGCACAUGUGUGUGCAAUGAUCUGCACUUGGUUUACUUGCCCCCAUGGCGAGACUUGUGGGACAAAGAGCUUCCAGGGAACAGAGAAAAAGUAUGCCAAGUUAAAAGAGGAGUUGCUUCUGAUUCCUUCUGAGCUUUGGAGAGCAAAAGACGAGGCCUUGGAUGAUGAAGCUGAUGUUGCUGGACAGCUCCAGCUUCAUGGAAUUGAAGAUCAGGCACUUAAUGAUGUGAAAGCUACUGUUUGGCAUCAAUACUUCCUGCAUGGAGAGAUUGCUGAACAAAUUGAUCGAGAUGUGGAUAGAACUCAUCCGGACAUAAAUUUCUUCUUCCGAGAUUCAUCCUCCAUCAGGAAGAACAAGGGGGCAAUGAGGGACAUUCUUCUGCUGUUUGCAAAAGUGAACCCAGCUAUUGGUUAUGUGCAAGACAUGAACGAGGUUUUGGCACCCAUUUUCUACGUUUUUAGUACCACAUAUGAUGAACAGGAUCUGGUAAAAGUUAAAAUAUAGAGACUUCUUUGAUUGAAGCAAUAUGUAGUGUUUCAAUUCAUUUUGUUUGGAUUAAUGCUCUGUCCAGGCAAAUGUAGAAGCAGACAGUUUUUACUGCUUUGUAAGAUUGAUGAGUGUCUCAUUAGAUCACUUCUGUAAACACAUGGACAAUAACCUAGUUGACAUCCUCACUACAUUUUCCAGCUUAGUGAGGUUAUUGAAAGCUAAUGACGAGAAGCUGUGGCGCCAUCUUGAAAACACUAGCCAGGUCAGUUUCUGACCCUAAGAGGGUUGGAUCCAUAAAAUCCCAGUUGAGGAACUAAGAUGCAGUAUGUUGAUGAUGAAAAUGAAACAGGUGUAUGCUCAGGUCUAUGCAUUCAGAUAGAUAACUCUGCUACUGACUGAAGAAUUCGGAUUCCAGUCCAUAUUAAGGAUUUGGGACUCUCUUCUGAGUAAUCUAUUUGGAGAUCAGGCCUCUCUCUUGGUCUUGAGGAUUCUCUCAAUCUCAUGCGUAUUGUUGUGAUGCUGA